AUGGCCGGCCUGCAGCAGGCGGUGGACCAGGCGGUGCUGGCCGUGGCCAGGACGGUGGAGGAUCGGGUGGACGAGGAGAUCCGGCGGCUGGACAACCUGGACGGGGACGACCUUGAGCUGCUGCGCGAGCGUCGCCUGGCGGAGGCCAAGCGCAUGGCGGCGCGCCGGCAGGCGUGGGCAGCGGCGGGGCACGGCGAGUACCGGGAGGUGCACGACGAGAAGGAGUUUUUCAGGGAGGUGAAGGGGGAGGAGCGGGCGGUGUGCCACUUCUACAGGCAGAACUCGCCCUGCCAGGUGAUGGAUAGGCAUCUGACAGAACUGGCUCAGAAACACAUCGAGACCAAAUUCAUCAAGAUAAAUGCUGAGAAGAGUCCCUACCUCACGGACAAGUUGAAGAUCUGGAUGCUGCCCACCCUUGCCCUCAUCAAGAAUGGCAAGACCGUAGACUACGUCGUAGGGUUUGAUGAACUAGGCGGCACGGACUCCUUUCCCACACAGGUCCUGGCCGAUCGAUUGGCCCGCUCGGAGGUCGUGUUUCAGGAGUCAGUGGCUGCACCCCUUGGGGCAGGCUCUCGGGACGCCAAGCCUGCUGUCAGAAAAGGUUUCACGUUUGAAAAGACGGGCUCUGAUGAGUCCUCAGACUUCAGUGACUGA